AUGCAGUUAAGCUUGGUUUGGUGAUACGGCAACAACAAGAUGAAUCCUCUGCGCCUCCUUUGUGUGAUGUCCUGCCUGGUGGCAGCGACUUUGGCCACACCCAGUGUGGGUCGUCGCUCCAACUCGCUAACCGAUGUCGAGAAUCCCAGCAACUGGGUUAGCCAAAACGAAAUCGAUGAGUUGCCCAGCCUCAAUGAGGUGACAUUGCGCCGUCUGCAGCAGAUGAACACUGAAGAGGGUGCCAAUCUGCUGGACAAGCUGUACCAUCUAUCCCAGUUUAACCGCAUCUUCAAGCCCGACUACAGCCCAGAGCCCAGCCAGAUUAAGGGUUACAUUGUCGGCGAACGUGGACAAAAGAUUGAAUUCAACAUGGACAACUUUGUGCAGACUGUGAAGCGUCAGGAGAACUUUGGCGACGAUGAAGUGACCAUCUACAUUGAGGGUCUGCCCCAGAGCUGGAACGAUGAAAAGAAAACCACCCGCACUCUCGUCCAGGCCUAUCAGCAGCGCUACAACCUCCAGCCCUACCCCAACCAGCAGGAGAGCAACGAAGACCGCACCAGCAGUGAGGAGCAGCAAAACCAGAACCGCCGCAAGCAAAACCAACAGAAGGACGACACCAAGACCGGCGAUCUGAUCGUUAUCAACCUUGGCAAUUCCAUUGAGGACUUUGAGCAAUACGCCAAAUUGAAUGUGGAGCGCAUCGGUGAGAUGCUCGGCAACCGUCUGGUGGAACUGACCAAUACCGUGAAUGUGCCCCAGGAGGUGAUCCAUCUGAUUGGUCAAGGAGCUGCUGCCCAUGUUGCCGGUGUUGCUGGUCGUCAAUUCACCCGCCAAACUGGACACAAGCUGCGCCGCAUCACCGGUCUGGACCCCGCCAAGCUGUACGGCAAGCCAGAGAACAAGUUGAGCGGUUUGGCUCGCGGUGAUGCCGACUUCGUUGAUGCCAUCCACACCUCGGCCUAUGGCAUGGGUACUCAGGAGCGUUUGGGCGAUGUUGACUUCUAUCCCAAUGGCCCAUCUGUUGGUGUUCCCGGUGCCGAUAAUGUUGUCGAGGCUAGCCUGCGUGCCACCCGCUACUUUGCCGAAUCUGUUCGUCCUGGUAAUGAGCGUAACUUCCCUGCCGUUGCUGCCAGCUCCUACAAGGAGUACAAACAGAACAAGGGCUAUGGCAAGCGUGCCUACAUGGGCAUUGCCACCAGCUACGACAUCGAAGGCGAUUACAUCCUCCAAGUGAACUCUAAGAGCCCCUUCGGUCGCAACACUCCUGCCCAGCCCCAAAUUGGCUUCCAUGCCGUGCACGAGGCCUGGAGACAGUCGCCCCAACAGCAGCGCCAGUAAAGCAGCAGCAUUACCCUCCCUCCCCCCCACAUUACCCCGAUCAAAACGAACAUUUUCCUUUCUCAACACACACGAAUGCCUAGGUUAAGCUAAGUUUUUUGUCCAAAUAAAUAUUUGCAUUUUGUGAAA